AUGCUAAGGCCUCCAGAGGUGCUGGACGUGAGGCUCGAGGAGCAGGCGCAACGCCAUAGACGCUACCAAGCACCUGCUGUUGAAUUGGUGAAGUUUGGGCGCGUGCACUGGUACCCUUUCAAAAAAACGGACGACAAGUUCGCAGGGUACCAGAACUGCGGGGUCAAGGCACACCGAGAAGCGCAGGCGGAGUACGGGAGGCACUACUUGCGCCGGCAGGAGGACGCUGUUGCCGAAGACACGGUGUACUCCUGUCGGUGCAAGUACUUCCCUGGAACGAACCCGGACACGGGCAUGGCUAAGCCAGCCCUGUGGCGGGUGAACGAACUG